AUGUGGGAGUUAUGGAAGGAGAAGUUGGGCGACAGCGAAAAGGAUAGAUUUCAUCUGGGCGGUUAUUACAAACAUGAACUUGGCAAUACCACGAUUUUAGUGCUGAACACGAACUUGUACUACAAUGCAAAUAAAGCCUAUGAUAACUUCACGAACAAGGACGACCCAGCGGGCCAGUUUUGCCUUUAUGGAGAACGAACUGAAAGCCGCUAA